ACAUGCUUGACCCUGCUUGACCUCGUUCCAUCUUCUUGCGUCCUACGAACCUUCAAUAUGCAAGCACAGGCACUGAGAAUAGAGACUAACCAGGAUGUCUUGACUGCUCAACAGAGCUUACAGUCUAUCCAAACGCUGCUGAGGGCCGGUCUCGGUUGCAUCACUUACCUUCGGAACCUUCUUCCAGCUGACAACUUUUCUGAAAGUUAUCUGACUUCGGCCAAUACCAAUUCGCUAUCGUCUCAACCUUCUGGCUCUGUUGGCUCUUUUGCAUCUGAUUGCGGGCGCAGAAGUGUUAGCGGUUUCAAGAUCAUGACCGUCACACGAGGUUACACUGAGGAAGCCGACAAACUAUUGGAAUUUAUGGAGAAUGGCAUUUUUGACGCUUUACAGAAGCAAUACUUACGUAGCUUCAUCUUUGCCAUCUAUCUGGAUGGCGAUGAUCCGAAUAACAUCGUUGAGGCAUAUACCUUCAACUUUCAUUAUCACGCUAUUCCUGGGACAACAAGCGUCGUCCCGGUGAUGUCUCUUGGAGAUGAUCUCAUGAAGCUGUCACUCUCCGGCAAGAAGGCCGACCCCGUAGCGGAUGCCUCGAAGAAAGGCAAGAUACCUACAUUGGGCGAGGUAAAGAGAAGUUUGAAGUCCUUAAUCAAGAAUCUGAUCCAAGCAACUACUCAAAUGGAUGCUCUUCCAAAGCGCCGUUAUGCAACGUUCAAGUUGUUCUACUACGAUCACACGCCUGACGAUUAUGAGCCUCCACACUUCCGCGCUGGGGAUUUGGAUAAAGACAAGUGGUUCUUCACGACGCAUGGCCAACAGGAGGUUCCCGAGAAGUGUAGUAUAGGGCAGGUGCAGACCGGUUGGCAUGGCGUUGACGUCCGAGUCGCUUCCGUCUCAGGUUACCUCCCUUCACUUGAAGACAACAAUGCACCUUUCUUGGGAACGACUUCCGGCAACGGACCUUUACCUCCACCCUUGACCCCGACGGAGGAGGCUGUUACUCGUGCCCAACAGGUAGAAAUCCAAAAGAAGGAUGCAAAUGAACGACGAGUUGUUUGGGACGCAGAAGAUGGCAUGGGCGACGCUGACGGUGAAUACGAUGAUGACUCAGAUGAUUCCGGGAGUCCAAGCCAGGUCCUUGAGACAUGGCGGAUGGGUAAAGCCGGAUUGGAGUUGGUUAUUCCGAUGGGCCUGCGCAACAGCGAUGGAAGCAUAGUUCCAUUACCGGCACCCGCGAAAACCUCUGGAAAGAAUAUUCCGGAGAGCCUAGCAGACGCGCAUUAUGUUGGCGCCAAAGAGAAUGUGCCGACGCGUGUAGGGGAACUGGUGAGCUCUGUCCCGCCCCCAGGAAGCCUAGCAGAAACCCAGCAAAUCGCACAAACGCAGCUGGUUAGCGAAGCUGCCCGUCCGCCUUCUCCUCAUCGUUCGCGCUCUCCUUCGCCACCUCAUACUCCAACCCCGCGCCCAGCUAGACAUCGAAUGUCCACCAGGUCCAGGGUGACGCCUGAAUCGCCGUUGCCUUCAUCCGAUGUCGAUGCUGCAUCCAUCCCAAGCGUAUCCAGCUAUCCGGACCAGGAAACCAUGGAAACUCAAGACUUGAAGGAACUCUUAAUUGGACGAAGGGGACUGGAGGACUCGGAAGAGAUGAUGUUGAAUAUGGAGACACAGAUUGACGUUCCUCUGCCUAUCUCUCAGGAUGAUUCCCUCCAGUCUUUCUCCAGUAUCAAUCCCGAUACUCAGACUGGUACAACUACAACUAGAGAUGUUGCUAUGGAGCGUGAAGUUUCUGAUAUCAUAGAAUGCGAAUGUGGAGUGACGGCAGAGGAUUGUGAUUCAAUAUCUUGUGAUGGCGGAUGCAGGAGGUGGUUUCACGUAUGGUGUAUGGGUUACCACAAUGCUCAUGACAAGAACAUGCCGUUGACUUUUGUGUGUUUCGAUUGCCGAGUACGCGCAGACCAGAAUUGGGAUCUCAUCAUGGUUCACGAUCUUUAUCCUCGUAUGAUGGAGAGGUUCAGAGACCUCGCAUUGUUCAGGCGAGCAAUCAAAGUCUAUGAGAAAAUCAACCCCAACGGGCUUUCCGCCUUCUCCAAGUUGAUCGGUUGUGAAUCCAUCGUCGCUGGACAAUUGUUCAAGCGGCUUGAGGCGGAGGGCUUUAUUGUGCAGCAGUUCGUUCAGGAGGAAGAUUCAGGUUUCAUGGAAACGACUAUGCGAAGGACACGCGCCAAAGGAAGGGGUGCAAAGCCCAAAAAGGCACUCAGAGGCAAGACGAUGCAGAGGUCCAAAUACGUUUUUGAGUAUUCAAUGCAAAAGAACAAAGAGUUCUGUGACUACUUUACUCCGACGCCAGAGGUAGAGAGGACUAUUCUUGGCCUCGCUGAUUUGGUUUGUUUUCUGCCCACAGCAUUGCAUUUCAUCUUCAUAACAUCACAGCAGAAACCGGCUCGCAAAGGCCAUAGCAAGCAUGCGAGAGAGAUCGACAUAGACAUGGAUUCGUAUGCAUUCAGGUUCGUGCUGCAAUCAAUGCUGAUGUUCUGCCCACUAGAUCAAAUAGCCAACAUGACCAUGACGAGAACAUGGAUCAGACUCAGGACGAAGCCCCUCAUUCCAGUGCAGGAAAACAAGAUGGUACCCAAACCCAAGACGAAACUCAGAUUCUUCCUGUGCCUGUUAAUACUCAGCCUACUUCUGCUAUGAAACGCAAGUCCGACUUAGGUAACACUACUACCCGAACUAUCAAGAAGAUGAAGAUAUCUGUUGGACCUGCUGUCGACCUUGGUGACUAAAAGCUUGCUAUACUGUUCUGGGUUUGACACUGGUUGCUUUCGUUGGUCGCUUUGCUCUCCCGAAUUGCUGCCUUGCUCUUGUGGAUCCUCAUGCUAUUUUUCUCAUUUCCGGCAUUGUUUUAUGGAAGGUUCAUAUGUAAUAUUGGUAAUCAAUGGAUUUCUAUUGCUCCGCAC